UCACAGUCUGCAAGCAUGUAUUGGACGGGAACCAUUGUGGCAGUCCAGCUGGUCGGUCUUCUCUGGGCUGCGAGUAUCAGCAACUCGAGUCAAGAUGGAGUUCUAAAAAUAGGACUACAGAAAAAUGCGCUGAGUUUGGAGGAAUUAUCAAUUCAUUUAAAGGAAUUCAACAAGAAGAGUGGAUAUAUUGAUUUAAAGGAUGCUCAGGAUAUGUACUAUUACGGUCCCAUGACUGUUGGAACACCUCCCCAGAAAAUUUUGGUAAACUUUGAUACCGGAUCUUCUGACUUGUGGGUGCCUUCUAAGCAAAUAUGCAAAAUUAAUCCAAGUUAUUGCAAGCAACACAAAACAUACAACGACCAGAAAAGUAAAACGUAUAAGGAAAAUGGAACGUCAUUUAGUAUCAUUUAUGGCAGUGGGCUAGUUUCAGGCUUCGUGUCACAGGAUAAUAUCAAGUUAGGGGGUCUGCCAGUGAAAGGCCAACUAUUUGGCGAGGCCACAGAAAUAGCAUCACUCAUAGCGUCUGGCAAGUUUGACGGCGUGCUGGGGAUGGCAUUUACCUCCCUCUCUAGCAUUGGCACCGAUCCUCCCUUCGUCAACAUGAUCAAACAGAAGGUGGUCAAAAAACCAGUGUUCGCCUUUUAUCUUAACAAGAAUGAACCAUCUUCAGACGCUAGCAAAAAGCAAAGUGCAGAGUUGGUUCUUGGAGGCGUGGACCCUAAACAUUACACUGGGGAUUUCGUCUUCACUCCUGUCACAACGCCGUUGUAUUGGAACAUCACCAUAGACGGUAUGUAUUUGGAGAAGAAGCAGCUGAUUGGCGAUUAUCCAGCUAUCCCUGACACUGGUACCACAGUCAUCUACGGGCCUCCCAGUGCUGUAGACCCCAUCAAUAAGGCCAUUGGAGGCCUACUGGUACAAGGCAUUUACUUGGUUGACUGCUCUAAAGUAGACUCAUUCCCUGAUGUAUUCUUAUCUAUAAGCGGCCAAAAACUUGUCAUGAAUGGUCCAGACUACAUUUUGAAGAUAAAAGUUGGUUCAGGAGUGACGUGCAUCAGCAGUUUUGUACCAGUAAAUGCGCCCUUCUUCAUCCUGGGAGAUCCGUUCAUGCGCAAAUACUACACUCAGUUCAACAUGGGCAACAACCAGGUUGGUUUUGCUCUUGCCAAGUGAUUAAUGUUUGAUCUGUAUUUUACCUCUGUUUCGGUUUAAAAUUAAACUGUUCUACAGGUAAUA